AUGGCAUGGAUAUACACAUCUGUCAAACUCUAUUUAGCUUGUGCUGGUAGGGGCAUUGGACUGUUCCUUGAAGUCUGGCCAAACCCUGUAUUUGAAGGCGACGAACUGAGGCUGCGAUGCCGGGGAAGGAGGAACACAGCACUGUCCCAGGUGAAGUUCUACAAAGACAGAGAAUUCCUUUAUUUCUCUGAGACCAACCAGCCCCUGCUCAUGAGGGCAGUAACAGUGAAAAGCAGUGGCCAAUACAGCUGCACUGGGCAGGUGACGUAUAUCUACCAGCUGGGCACACACACCUCAGGGACUGCCAAGGUUCAAGUCCAGGGUGAGUCACCAGCUGGGAAGGGGGCUUGGUGGGGGGAGCAGGGUGCUGCCGGGGAGGCUGUGGGGGACGUGGUGGAGCUCCUCUGUGUGGCCCAAGGGGGCUCCCCUCCCAUCCUGUACUGCUUCUACCUCAACGAGGAGAUCCUGGGCAACUGCUCAGCUCCCCUUGGUGGAGCCGCCUCCCUCUUCUUCAAUAUGAUGUCAGAGCAGGAUGCCGGGAAAUUCUCCUGUGAGGCCCAGAACAGUGUCUCCAGAGAGACGAGUCAGCCCAAGGAGCUCACCGUAGGUGAAUUCCUCUUCGCUAGGACUCCGCAGAGUGCCGGGGGGAACUGCAGCUGCUUGCCCACACGCUCCCUGAAGAUCUGUGAGAGUGGCUCUGAGGCUCUGGAGCCUGGGUGCCAACUCCAGCUUGACUCAGCGUCCUCCCCAAAUGGCUCUGCCAAGAGCCAGGACUCCCACUUCUACCUGGCAUGGGCCCACCCUAUUGCCUAG